UUUUUCUAUUUCUCUUUCCCCCCUAAAAAAAGGAAAACAACAGAUAAAGAAAAAAAGACGCUGAAUCAUAAACCCUAACACAAGAAUACCUUAAACCCACCAAUUUUUGUCUUCCCAAAUUCUCUCUCCUCUUCUGGUGAUGGUAACAAUGGAGGCGCAACAAUCCUCUGAGCAUCAGCAGAAAAGGGUAGAAAUUCAAUUUUGUGAAGAAUGCAAUUCAAAGGAAUUUAAGUAUAAAUGCCCAGCUUGUUCUCGUCGCACUUGCAGUCUUACUUGUGUUAAUUCCCACAAAAAAUCAUCUGGUUGUACUGGCAAAAAGAAAACUACCCAGAUUAUCCCCCUUUCUCAAUUUGACGAUGCUACCCUUCUUUCUGAUUAUAAUUUGUUGGAGGAUGUGAAAAGGGUAGCUGAAUCUGCCCAGAGAAUGCGUGUGAAAUUAUGUGGGUAUCACCCUCAAUUUAGGCUCCCUUUCCAUCUUAAAGCGCUCCGUGGCGCUGCAUGGAAGAGCGGGACAAAGCUUUUGUUUCAUUCUGCUGGGAUGACGAAGAGGGAAAAGAAUCAAACUAGGUAUAAUCAAAGGAAGAAAUCUAUCUUGUGGACAAUUGAAUGGAGGUUUCAUUCAACAGAUGUUGUUUUACUUGAAAACGGGGUGCAUGAAAGUACAACGUUGCGCUCUGUAAUUGAGAAGCAUCUACAGCCAAGUCCAUGGAGAAAUAAGUUGAGGAGAUUCUGUGAAGAACCUCUGGACAAUCUCAAGCUUUUUAUCCGUAAAUAUCACAAGGGAAGCAAAGCACCAUAUCGUGAGCUGGAUCUAGAUACCUCACUGAACCAACUGCUUGGUGGUUUAGUUAUCUUGGAAUAUCCAGUUAUUCAUGUUUUCCUUACCUCAGACAGCUAUGAUUUUGAAGUUGUUAAAGACGUCAGACCCCAUCCAAUAAGUCGGCAGCAGACAAAGAGAUCCUAUAAAGAUGACACUCCAAAUCAAGUGGGUGUUACUUUCAAAGAGGAAGAGAUUGAAGAAGGUGAAAAUGUUCCCGAAUCUCAAAUUAUUGAUCUUCUGAAAAUCCCGGAAAUGGAAGCGCCUAAAACAAACUCAAUUAGUGUUCAGAUGAUGGAGAAGCAAUGUAAUGACUUGCCAAAUAAUUCCGAGAGACAGAAAAUUGAAAGUGAUGAGGUUUUCUCCUGUAAUGUUGGUAAGGAAGUGGAAAUGUUGGAUGCUAAAAUUGAGGAUUUUGAUUUUGACCAAGAAUUGAUCGAUGCAUAUUCGUUUAUCAUGGAACAAAGUAAUCCGGAUGACUUUCUUGAUUACAAACCUGAUGGUGAAGGAGAAGACCAUGUAGAUACUAAUGUAUACUUUGCAGAUGUGGAAGACUUAGAGGAAGGAGAGAUUCCUAACUCUAAUUUGUCUGUUUAAUUGUAUCAUUUCAAAAUUUAAAGUAAUUUAAUUGUACGUGUGCCAUCUUUAUGUGGUACAAUGCAUUCUCUCCUUGAGGCAUAUGCAGUAGGUUUUUUGUUC